AUGCUGAUUAAAAAAACGUUGCCUUCUGUGCCUGCAUCAUCAUCAAGGUCAUCACGACAUUUUCCCCGUAAACAGAAACUUUCGGUCGUGUCCAUUGUGGGUAUGGGGGGCCUGGGUAAGACAUCAUUAGCGCAGUUGGUAUACAGUGACGAUUUAACAAUAAGACACUUUGAAGAACAAAUCUGGGUAUGUGUAUCUGACAAGUUUGAUGUGUAUAGGAUUUUAAAAGAAAUGAUGGAGUCCUUUACCGAUUGUUCAUAUUGUAAAAUUCCAUCAAAUCUUGAUGUGCUGGCGAGGCUAGUUAAGGCAUACCUGACUGGUAAGAAAUAUCUUUUAGUACUGGAUGAUCUAUGGAACGAGGAUGCUGGAGAUUGGGAAAAACUACACGGUGUCCUUGUCAAUGGUGUUAAAGGAAGCAAAUUAUUAGUCACCACACGCAGCCAAAAAGUUGCUUCUGUUAUUGGGGGUAAGGUUCAUAAUUUACAAACAUUAACAGAUAAUGAUUGUUGGUCUAUCAUGCAGAAAAGAAUUUCAUUUCCACUUCCUCAGAAUAUGAUUAUUAUUGGGCGGGACAUAGCAAAGAAGUGCGAUGGCUUACCACUUGCGGCAAACUUUCUUGGAAGUCUACUACACUCCAGAAGAGAAGAAGGAGUCUGGGUUUCAAUCAAUAGUGAUAAGGAUUUGUGGGUUCAACCAGAAAAUAAAAGAGUCAUAUCAAUCUUGAAGUUGAGCUAUGAUAACUUGCCUUCGCCUUUGAAACAAUGUUUUUCGUAUUGUUGUUUGUUUCCGAAAGACUGGAAAAUUGAAAGAGGGAUAUUGAUUCGUAUGUGGAUGGCGGAAGGAUUUCUUCAGCUACCUGCAGAUGAGGUAAAUAAUAGAUCUUUUGAAGAUGUAGGAAAUGAUUAUUUUGAGUUUUUGUUGUAUAACUCAUUUUUUCAGGAUAUAGAGAAGGAUGAACUUGGUGUCAUCCUUAAGUGUAAGAUGCAUGAUCUUGUGCAUGAUCUUGCAAUGAGUAUUGUAGAUGGUAACGAAUUUUGGAUUGGCUGGAAGGAAGAUGUUUCACAAGUUCGACGUUUACAACUGAUAUGCGACAAAGGAUCAUCUGCAACAACUGCAAAAGUGCUGUGCAAGGCAAAGAAUUUGCGAACAAUUGUUGCUCUUGAUCCAGAGAAUUAUUCACAAAUCGGUAGUUUUUCUUCUGCUAAGCAUUUACGCAUAUUAUAUCCAGUCGGUGUUUGGGGUAAAAAGUUUUCCAUCUCGGUUUCUAAGUUCAAACAUUUGAGGUUCCUCGACCUCUCGAAGUGUGAACUUGAUUCAUCACAUGAUGUGUCAUUAAAUCAUUCUUACGAUUUGCAGACGUUGAUACUGCAUUGGUGCAAAAAUGUUUCAGGGUUUCUUGGUGGAAUUAAGCAUUUGAAAAGUUUGAGGCAUCUGGAUGUCUCACUUUCUGAUAUUGAAGUUCUACCUGAUGAUUCUAUCGUUUACCUCACUAAUUUGCAGACGUUGAAUCUAGAAAAUUGUAUGAAUUUUAAAGCCUUACCAGAAAAUAUUGGGGUUUUAAAACAUCUUAGUUACCUUGACCUUUCUUAUUCCUCAGUUUCAAAAAUACCCGAUUCUAUCACUUGCAUUAGCAAUCUAGAAACGUUGAAUAUUAAGAAUUCUGAUUCUAGCUUAUCUGACUUGCCUACAGAACUAGGAGCUUUAACCCGAUUAAGGUCCCUUGAUUUGUUUACUAUCCAAGUAUUGCCUGAAUCUUGCAUUAGCAACCUCUGUAAUUUGGAGAUAGUGAAAUUUGGACAUGCAUGUGAGCUUCCCAAAGAAAUUAAGAACUGGCCCAAACUAAGACAGUUUAGCUUUAACCGCUUUAGAAAUGAUGCUAUCAUGCCCAAGGUUAUUCAAAAGCUAACAUGCCUUGAAACAUUGGAUCCAUACAUGGUAAGGAAAGAAGCAGAAGAUAUUCAGAUAUGCCGAAGUGAUCAUCACAGUGGGAUAGAAGAGUUAGCAGCCCUCAACUUCCUUCAAGUGUUGUAUUUAGAUAAGUUGGAGAAUGUGAGAGGAGGAAUUGAAGAUGCGGAGAGAGCUAAGUUAAAGGAUAAGCCAGAUUUGAGAGAAUUAUAUUUAAGUUGGAGAUCACUUCCCACCUAUAAAAUUAAAACGAAUACUGAAGAUCCUGAAGAUGAUGAUAUGGUUUUAGAAGGUCUUCAUCCUCAUCACAAUUUGAGAAGGCUGGAAAUUCAUCGAUUCAUGGGUUUAAAUCUUCCGAAGUGGAUGGAUUCAUCGUCUAUUUGCAUGCUUCCGAAUUUGGUCUUCUUAUUAUUAAGUGGUUGCAACAGAUGUAAGAUACUUCCAGCUCUAGGUAUGCUCCCUUCGUUAGUUACUCUAGCAGUCCAUUCUAUGGAAAAUGUAGAAGAAUGGGUUUCUCCUCCUUCAUCUGUUGAUUCCUUCCCUCUCCUCGAGGACCUAGAAAUGGGUGAUUGCCUGAAAUUGAGAAACGCACCGAACUCAACGUUUCCUUCUCUCAAGACGAUGAGAUUUUUGAGAACAACCGGUUUGGCAGUAGCACACUCGUUGUAUUUUGGAAGUAGAGGUAGAGGAGGAUGUCUGACCUCUCUCAUAUCCAUCUAUAUAAAAGUGUCUCCAGGGCUGCAAAAUUUUCCACUGAGCGUACUACUCCAGCAUAAUACUCCGAAUCUUUAUUCUUUGGAGAUCCGUGAUUGUUACAGUUUAGAAGGUUUUCUCGAUGAUACUGAUGAUCUGAACAACAACAGCAGCGGCAACAGUGCUCUCCGCAAAUUGGAAAUAAUGAAUUGCCCUGUUUUAACAUCUCUGCCAGAUUUACGAUUAUGGACUUCUCUUGAGGAAUUAACCAUAAAGAACUGCGAAAAUUUGAAUAAGGAGUCUAUACCGUAUAAUCUCAAGAAAUCACUCUCCUUUAUUAAAGAUUUUUAUGUUGAUUUUAUAUAG